GAAUCAGCAGCCGCAGCAGCAUCACCUCCUCCUCCUACAAAGAGCGGGCGGAGGACCGUGCGACACCAGGGAGACGGGGGAAAAGUCGCACAUGUAAGGAGAGGAGGCAGCAGGAGCAGCAGGUUUCUCUCGGAGGUGACUCCAGGCGGUGACGUCAGUAUGCUGGUGAAGGAGUACCGGAUCUGCAUGCCUCUCACCACAGAAGAGUACAGGAUCGGGCAGCUGUACACCAUCAGUAAGCACAGCCACCAGGAGAGUGACAGAGGCGAGGGCGUGGAGGUGAUGGAGAACCGGGCACACCAUGACCCUGCCUAUGGUGAUGGGCAGUACACGGAGAAGCGGGUGCACCUGUCCAGCAAAUUACCCAGCUGGGCACGAGCCGUGGUUCCCCGGAUAUUCUACGUGUGUGAAAAAGCCUGGAACUACUACCCCUACACGGUGACAGAAUAUACGUGCUCGUUCCUUCCAAAAUUCUCCAUUCACAUCGAGACCAGGUAUUCCGAUGACUGUGGCGAUAACGACAGUAUAUUUAAUGCAGACUUAGCGGACGAGGCCCACGAGGUGACCCACCUGGACAUAGCGUACGAUGAAAUCCCAGAGCGCUAUUUCAAGAGCUCGGAGGAUCUCAGGCAUUUUAUGUCCAGUAAGACGGGGCGUGGACCUCUGAAGGAGGGGUGGAGGAGCCACAUGCAGCCCAUCAUGUGCUCCUACAAACUGGUGAACGUCAAGUUCGAGGUGUGGGGGCUCCAGACACGGGUGGAGCAGUUUGUUCACAAGGUAAUUCGGGAUCUGCUGAUUGUGGGGCAUCGACAGGCCUUUGCAUGGGUGGAUGAGUGGUAUGGAAUGACCAUGGAAGAAGUACGGGAGUACGAGAAGGAGACGCAGGCGGCCACAAACAAGAAAAUAGGCCCAGUCGCCCCAACCAUUACCAUCACGCCGGAGAGCCAGUUCCCAGCCAUCCGCAGCGCCCCCGCCACCCCCAUCACUGGCGAACCUCCAGAGUUCCUCACCCUCCCCAAGGACAGACCACGCAAGACCUCAGCACCAGAUACUCUCACCCUGCCAGAACUUAGAGAGCGAGCCAACGGCCCGUCCAACAGUCACUUGUCCCCUACAAAUACCGACAGCUGAAACCAAGGCACCAUCUCCGUUGCUGCUCCCCCGUCAUAAGGAUCACCCGUUCCCUACAUGUGGAAAAAUCCAGAAGUGAUAAUCCCGGAUACUUUGCCUGAAGAAGUAAACCCCGUAAGACAGAGAGGACUUCAUCUUCGGUGACUUCUUCACCCUUCAGCGAUGGGCGCUUUAUAACAAAAUGAAGUAUUUAGUCUGACUCUCUAGACUGACGAGCGCCAUGUUGCCUCUCCAGUCAUUCCAAACUUGUACAGUUUAUAAGAGCGGCGCAGGGACCAGAGCGCAUGACGGCAGACUCCCCGCUCCUCGUAGGUCUCUUCCCGCUCUUUGGUGGGAUUCUCGCUGGACUGGUGUGAUUUCUAUUUCUUCCUUAUCAUAGAAUGUAUUGGCCCCUGCGCAGAACCACCGUGUCAACGGGUCUACCCGUAGCUUUCAUCGGCUCUGCCAUAGAUCACCUACUGACAGACAAUCACUCGUCGGCUUGUGGAUUUCAUUUGUCAUUAUUUCUGUGCUGUGGUAAUAGAAGCUUUUUAUGUUGACUUUUUUAAUUUCGUGCCAGAAAUUAGUCCGAAGAACGAGACAGUAGUAGCUCAUCAGUAACUAGCUGCUGUCAUUCACUUUUAUUUUUUUGGGGAAUUAAUUAUGUUGAAUGACUCUAUUUAAUGACCCAUAAAAUGAGCUGUAG